UUAUAGUUUAAACUUUAAGCAGCAUAAUAAAUUAGGAGACGUGCAGUUGAUGCGACAUUACUGUUUUGGAAAAUCAACAUGAGAUGUGGUUGGAUCGAAGCUUUCGUCGUCUCUCUUCACCCUUACAAGAGAAAUCCUAUGGUGGCCCUUCCUUUGGCUUCCUCUCAUAGAAGAUGGUUCCAGACUUUUCUCGGCGUAUCGCUCGAGUUUCACCUUCCGCAGCUUCACCAUCUCAAUUCCUAUCCCUCACAUAUUACUGAGGAUUUGUGCCUGAGUCUGCUCUCCUUGUGCUCCAAACCAAAGUCAGCAAGGCAGGGAAUCUGCGUUCACAGCCCUAUCAUCAAGCUAUGUUUCCAUGAUCACCUGUCGCUGAACAACCACCUCCUCUGUCUCUACUCAAAAUUUUGUGGUGUCGGCACUGCGCGGAAGCUGUUCGAUGAAUUGACUAGCAGAGACGUCGUAACAUGGAGCACCAUCAUCUCGGCGUUUAGUCGGGUCAAGAACCAUGAGGAAGCACUUGGAUUGUUCAAGUGCAUGUUGACUCGCUCUCCUCUUACCGGUCCUAAUGAGUUCAUUUACUCCAGCGCCAUCUGCUGCGCCGCCUCGCUCAGGUUACUGGACCUUGGAGCUCAAAUUCAUGCCCACGUUCAAAAGCGUGGAUUUGAGACCAAUGCUGUCGUUGGAAGCGCUCUGCUUGACGUCUACUCAAAAUGCGGCAGGUUCCAAGAAGCAUCUGAGAUCUUUGCUUCGAUGGACUACAGGGACGUCGUCUCGUGGACCACCAUGAUCUCGGCUCUCAUCGAAGCGAAGAACUGGGUGGGAGCAUUGCGGCUGUAUUUGCUCAUGAUCGAAGGCGGAACUUCUCCUACCGAGUACACCUUCGCCAAGCUUCUCAGGGCUUGUGGGUGCUUCUUCGGCCUUCGCGUUGGUAUGAUGCUUCACGCUCACCUGGUCCUGUGGGGAAUGGAGCUCAAUCUGGUGCUGAAGACGGCGCUCGUCGACAUGUAUUCGAAAUGCCACCGGAUGAGGGAUGCACUUAAAGUGUUUCUCCAGACGGCAGACUCAGAUGUAAUGCUGUGGACGACGAUGAUCUCUGGACACUCCCAAGCAGAACGCUACCUGGAGGCAAUCACUAUGUUCCAUGACAUGAAGGAUGCAGGGGUGACGCCGAAUUCCUUCACCUACUCCGGAGUCCUCAGUGCCUGUUCAUCUGCUCCUGAGCCAGAACUGGGAAGGCAGAUUCACUGUCGGGUGAUCAAGGCAGGAUUGGAAGAUGAUGUAUCAGUUGCCAACGCACUGGUAGACUUGUACGCCAAACACUCCCGGGAUCUAGAUGACACAGUGCGCGCCUUCGCAGCCAUUGUAUCUCCCAACAUCGUCUCGUGGACAGCUUUCAUGGCCGGGCUUGCUCGACACGGACUCGAGCAGAAGGUGCUCCUGGCUUUGGUGGAAAUGCGACUUACCGGAGUGGAACCGAAUUCUUUCUCCCUGUCGACUGUUCUCAGCAGCUGCAACUCCGUAGAAGCUCUGGCUCAUGCCCGAAAGCUCCACUCUUACAUGAUUAAGACCAAGGUGGACGCGUCGGAUUUGUCUGCCGGGAACUCGCUGGUGGAUGUCUACGCUAGAUUUGGGAGGGUGGACGACGCGUGGGCCGUCGCGCACACGAUGAUGGCUCGCAGGGACGUGCUCACGUACACGACCUUGGCCAAGGGGUUGAAUCAGGUUGGCCUUCACCGGAGGGCACUGGACAUGAUCGCGUACAUGCACGAGGAAGACUUGAGUAUCGAUGGUUUCAGCCUCGCCUGCUUCCUAUCCGCUACUGCGGGCUUGGCGGCAAUGCAAUCCGGUAAGCAGCUGCAUGGCUUCUCGGUGAAGUCCGGCCUCCUGAGCUGGAUCUCGGUCUCGAAUGGCCUCGUCGACAUGUACGGCAAAUGCGGAAGCGUAGAGGAGGCUCGCAGGGUCUUCGCGGCAAUCGAAGAGCCAAACGUGGUGUCAUGGAACGGAUUAAUAUCCGGCCUGGCGUCGAACAGCCGUUUCGUGGAAGCGCUGUCCGCUUUCGAGGACAUGAGACUGGCAAGAGCUCAGCCCGACGGUAUCACCUUCUUGCUGGUGCUGUACGCCUGCAGCCAUGGCGGACUACCCGACGCCGGCGUCGAGUACUUCAACUCCAUGCAGGAAUUGCAUGGCGUGGCACCGCAGCAAGAUCACUAUGUUUGCUUGGUCGACAUGCUGGGGCGGGCGGGCAGGUUGGAGGAGGCGGCUUGCACCAUCGAAACGAUGCCGUUCCAGCCUGACGCGCUGGUGUACAAGACGUUGCUGGCUUCUUGCAAGCAGCGCAGCAACAUGGUGCUUGGAGAGUGCAUGGCGAGGAAGGCGCUGGAGAUCGACCCAUCGGAUCCGGCGAUCUACGUGCUGCUCGCGGGCAUCUACGACGAUGCAGGGAACGUGGAGUGGGCCGAGCAGACUCGCCGGAUGAUGAGGGAGAGGGCAAAGAGGAAGAGCCUGGGCCAGAGCUGGCUGUGACUGACAGAGAUGAUUGAGGAAGAAGUACAUGUUCAGAACUGCACCGAUCGAACAGUGCAAACACAGUGCAGAAUCAGCAGCUGUGUUUGCCCGAGCUGCAUCAUUGAUUAAUGGAAUCCAUGAAGCAGAAUAACAUUGGCAUUUUGGAAAACCAAGGCUACUCCUCUAACCAGACGCAAGUUAGCAUAAUUUACAAUCAGAGUGGCUCAGAACGAUGACUGAAGGUGUCAUAUCAAGUCUUAUGAUGGAACAGAGUCAUGUCAAAAGGGAACAAGGACUACUCCAUGCAAGGUGUAUUAUCUGUCUGAAAAUGUUCCAGGAGAUGAUAGCAAAUAAGGAAUUUACAUCAACUCAAUCCAAACCAAUCCCACCGCCUACAAUAACUAGGAAAUGAAUGAAAAGAACAUUCAUGCAAAUUCUUCUUGUCAACAAGUACAGAAUGUGGACAACAAAAGCUGUCUCAACAUUAGGAAAGUAUUUCCUGCUCAACUUCAAGCCUAAUCCUCUUACAAUCUUUGACAGAUUUAGAAUCGCUUUCUGAAUCAUUUUCUUUAUGCUUCAGAGAGUUUGGUGGAGAGCAGUCAAUGCCCACUUCGGAUUGAUCUGGGGCGGGGCUAUGCUGUUCUAAAGGCACCUCCGAGAUUGACCUUUGUGUGCAGGAUGUGGGAUUCCUUGCUUUUUGCUGCUGCUCCAGAAUCUUUUGCAAGUACUUUGCAUUUUCCUCUAUGCGCAACUGAAGUGCUCUUUGCACCUGGAGAAGAAUAUUGGGGUUUGGACAGAGAAAUAUAGAGCUGCAUAAAGUAAGUAGAAUGUCUCUGACAAGUAGUCUGCUAGCUCUUCAUAUUUUUGAGGAUAUCCCAAUGUCCUAAAGUUUUUAUCAGAAAGACAAAAGGUCCUUAUGCUUUUCCA